GAUUCAAAGGACUACAGGCCAGUCACUGCCAUGUUCGCCUUCACAUCUCUCGGAUGGCAUCGACAUGACCAGACGACCAGACCUCCGACGGCGCUGCCAGCGCUGCCGCUGCCGUGCGGCGCUGAUGUGACGGGACGGGUACCGGCGUGGUCUGGAGGGCUGCGGACGGUCGGCUUGGCAGUGGCCUCGAUGGCCCUGAAGACCCGAAGCCGAGUGGUGCGCAAGGGAAGAAGUGCCAGCAGCCCUGAGACACCCCGCCGCUGUGCCCUGAUGUCCACGAUGGCUGUGCUGUGCCCCGGGACGCUGGGUGCAGGCCAGCGCGCCAGUGCCAAAGGAAAUCCCUUCGUGUUGCUGCAAGAUGGCAUGGAGGCCUUCCGAAAUUACAAGGUGGAAGACUCCAUCAAGUUUUUCGAUGAAGCGGCAGAGUCCGGCUACCCGAAGGCGCGGCUCUGGCAGCGUGGCUUGUCGCUCUACUACGCUGAGCGCUUCGAGGAGGGCACCCAGCAGUUUCGUAAAGAUGUGGAGGUGAAUCCGAACGAUACGGAGGAAUCCCUUUGGGCUUUUCUUUGUGAAGCGCGGAUGGUGGGCUUUGAGCAAGCCAGAAAGCAAAUGAUGACCGUGGGCUUUGAUCCUCGUCCCGUCAUGGGCUCCGUGUACGCCCUGUACAAGGGUGAUGAUGAUGCAAAAUACGUCGCCCGGCUGGAGGAAUUAUACCAGAAGGGCGGCUCCGAUGCUUUCUACGCUUCCCUCUAUUUAGGGCUUUACUACGAGGCGAAGGCUGACACGGAGAGUGCCAAGUUGUGGCUCCUACGGUCGGUCGAGUCGAAGUACGGUCAGUCCAGCAACGACUAUAUGGCCGACCUGGCGCGCGUCCAUGUGGCCCGGCGCCAGUGGCGUGCAGAGCUGUGAGUCGGUUUGGAGCGAUCGUACAGGAGCGAAGAAAAAGGUACAGAAGCCCUUGACAGAAAGGAAACCAAACGGUCACCACACCUCCCACCUGAGGAAUCCGGACUUCUGAGGACUUCACUACGCACGGAAGUGGACUGUGGAUGUGUUUGUUGCAGGGUGUGGAUGAAUGUGGCAUCACCGGUUUGAUGGAGCAAUCUGUCUCACAAUGCCAAACAUGUGUUUACAGGUCAAUAGUCACUCUUAUUCGAUCUUACUUGUGUGAUCAUACAAGGCAAGGG